ACCAUGAAGAUCCAACUGUUCACCUGCGGAGUCCUGCUGCUGGCCUUGACGGCUCCAGGAAGUGAUGCGCAGCUCGAUGUUUGCGGCUCUGCUCCGCUCAACAGCAAGAUCGUUGGAGGUCAGCCGGCGGCUGCCGGGGCCUGGCCCUGGCAGGCCACUCUGGACAUCCGAGGCGCUCUCUGUGGGGGGUCUCUGAUCAACAACCAGUGGGUCCUCAGUGCUGCUCACUGCUUUUCCAGCACCAGCACUUUAAGUGUCAACGUUUACCUCGGAAAGGAAAGAAUGCAAGGCUUAAAUCCCAAUCAGGUGGUACGGACAGUGUCGCAGAUCAUCAAGCAUCCGAACUACAACGUCAACACAUUUGACAACGACUUGGCCCUGGUGAAGCUGUCCUCCACUGUGACGUUCACCAACUACAUCAUGCCUGUUUGUCUGGCUGCAAAAGGCAGUGACUUCCCGAAAGGCCUGGACUGCUGGGUCGUCGGCUUUGGAACCACCAGCAGUGUGAUUUCGAACACACUGCAGGAGGUGGACAUUCCCAUUGUGUCCAACAGUGACUGCAGCAAAGCGUACAAGCCGACUGGAAUUACGAUCACGAGCAACAUGAUUUGUGCUGGUCUGACUAAGGGAGGGAAAGACUCCUGUCAGGGGGACUCCGGCGGCCCGUUGGUCACUAUUAACAGCACCAGGUGGGUCCAGGCCGGUGUGGUGAGCUUUGGAAUUGGUUGUGGUGAACCUAAGUACCCCGGAGUCUACGCCCAAGUCUCGAAGUACCAGUCCUGGAUCAGCAGCCAGGUCACCGGAGCGCAGCCGGGCUUUGUCAAGUUCAGUGCAGCAGCUCAUCUUGUCUCCCUGUCCAUCCCUCUGCUGCUGUCCAUCCCACUGGUUGUCUUCUCUUUGUUUGUCCCCUCAUGA